ACACCGCCGCCAUGUUUUGUGCUGAGGGAAAGACCCUCUCGCCGCCGCCGCCGCUGAUGCUGCCCGUUGCCGCCCGGCGCUUCGGAGGCUGCGGGGCUGCUCGCCACCGGCGUCGAGGGGCAGAGCGGGGCGAGGCCGCCGGCGGCACCGUCCCCGAGGCCCGGCCCUGCAGCCGGCAGGAGGCGCCGCCCCGCAGCCGCCGCCAUGUCGGAGCUGGCGCUGGAGGAGCUCUCGGCUCUCGCCGCCAUCUACUGCGAGCCGGACGCCUGCGAGGUGCUGGCGGUCUCAGAGACGCAUGGAAUCACAUUCCGAAUUCAAAUCAGUGUGAAAGAACUGCUGGAUACAGAUGUACUUUUAAAGCUGCUAUUUCACUUACCAGUCAAUUACCCAUCAACGCUACCGGAUAUUUCUGUUAGCUCAGACCAGCUUACGAGGGCCCAAUGUGUGGACGUGAAAGAUAAAUUACUUGAACAAGCAAAGAAGCAUCUUUCCGAACCCAUGGUACACGAUCUGAUUCUUUGGGUACAGCAGCAUCUUAAAUCUGUCAUGAAGCAAUCAGCAACAGUUUGCCAUGAAAAAACUACUUUGUCAAAAGGAACAAGUGCAGAGGAUGGUAUCUGGAUGCUCCUUUUGCAUUUAGAUCACAUGAGAGCCAAGGCAAAAUAUGUCAAAACUGUGGAAAAAUGGGCUUCGGAUCUAAGGCUGACUGGAAGACUGAUGUUCAUGGGCAAGAUAAUAUUGAUUCUUCUUCAGGGUGACAGGAGCAACAUUAAGGAGUACUUGAUUCUUCAGAAAACUUCUAAGGUAGAUGUGGACUCAAGCGGGAAGAAAUGCAAAGAGAAAAUGAUUAGUGUCCUGUGUGAGACGAAAGUACAGGCGCAGCAGAAACGGUUUCAGACGUUUGAAGUCAAAGAAUAUCCAACGCUGGAUGAGCUACAAAAGGAGUUUGAGACUGCAGGACUUACAGCUCUUUUCUCUGAGUUUGUGCCUCCUCUCUUGAAAUAGAAUUAAAAGAAAACACUGGACCUUUGAGCAAAGCAGUAGUAAACUGCAGGUGCUGAUGCAAGAUAAAAGGACUAAUUUGGCAAGCAACGUUAAAGCUCUUCUGCAAAAAAUGCCAGAAGUAGCCAUCCUCGUGCAAGAAGGAGGAAGCAAUUCAUACAUUAAGAACCAGUAAUUUCUUGACCUUUAUGUAUUGAUAACUUUUUCCAAGGAACGUGGAGUUAAUUGUGAUAACUGCAUGGUAAGCAUGAGAGAUGGGGAAGAAAUCAUGUUAAAAUAAUAGUCUUCUAGUUAGACUCUGUUUUGCAAUGCCUGUUUUUCAAUGUUUUGAAUUUUGUCUCUCAUGGUGGUGGGUUUUCAUAAUGGCCUGCUAGAAAGCAUGAUUAAUUUUGCUUUGAAAGCUUAUAUGAAGGAACUUCUAUGAAAAGAAUAUCAAACACAGAUUUGAAUAUGUGAGGACAACCUAUUCUUAAUAUCCUUUAGGAGUUCAUCUGCUAACUUCCCCUUCUCCAUUUAUUUGAUUAUAAAUGCUGGACUGUUGAUUUAAAGGAAAAACUCAUGUCACUUGUGACCUGAAAAAAACUUCAAGUGUCUUUUUGAAUGUUAUUGUUCUAAAAUGCACAAAAACACCUAAGUGGAGAACUGAAAUUGAUUAAAAACCUCAGGUAAAGCCAACUGUAAUAUUUUCUUUUGAUAGUUUACAGAUUCUUUUUUGCACUUGAUCUGAUUUUCCUGUCUGUGCAUCUAUAGAUAUCUUGAUUCAAUUAAAAUGUCAGAGCAGUCUAUAUACAGACUUCAGUCUUGUGCCUCUCAAGGCUUCUGUCAAGUCUUCUGUCACUUGAGAAAAUGGUAAGUUGUACACCCCGUUAUAAUUUCCUUACCUUUAGCUUUUGUACAGAUUAAGUCGUGCAAAAUCUUUUUGCUGAGGGGGAAUUGGAUACUUAUUUUUUACAAUUACUAAUGUCCUUUGGUUUCUGUUUUACCUGAUACCAUUCUCUAGCAAGGCUAGAUAAAUUGUCCAGUAGUAGAAACUUUGAAGUCACGAGUAUCUCAGUAACUAGCAAUGCCAUUUCAGUUUGUUUUAGCAUGUAGCUAAACAUGUGCUUUACUGCUCUCUAAACAUCACUCCUAAAACCCAAACGUCUCAUGUAUUCUUUGUUAACUGAAUAGAUUUGAUCAGUUCAGUGUAAACCAAUUUCUCUCUGCUGUAAUGGGGGAAGACUGGUACAAUUUGGUUGUACAAUUUGGUCUGGGAGAUCAUUAGGUAAGACACUGUGAUUUCCAGUUUCAAACUCAAACCAUAUCUCUGUAUGUAUACUAGAAAAGCAGCUAAGGCAAACUAUUAGAAUUUGUAGGUUUUACUAUUUGAGAUACCAAAUGCAUAAUGACUUGUAGACUAUUGGAGGGUUUCUUAGUUUUUAAGUAAUUUUCCUAAUAUGGAGUGUCUCCGAUACUUACGUUGAAUGUUAUUUUCUGCACCGAGGUGUAUUUAAUAAGAGAGUAGCAAAAGGUCUUCUUAAUGAGUCUUUUAUGUGUCGCACAUAGAGUACUUCAUGCACAGCAGAAAACAGACUGGUUUAGACAGGUUUUACAAAUCUGUUCUGUGUUAUUUUGAAAUGGCUUCUGGAGACAAAUGGAAUUUUCUAUCACUUUAAAUGUAUGUGAAGAUGAAGUUUCACUUUUCUAAAGAAGAAUAAUACAGAAGUAUAUUUCAAAUAUUAAAAUAAUAUGUAUUUUAAAUAUUAGUUUUCAGAAUUAAGCUGUUCUCAGUUCAAAUAUCUAUGUUGAAAAACCAUGUGUCAGUGGAGUAGAAAGCCUUGAGAAGAUGCAAAGGCUCUUUCCUUACUCUCUGUGAUAGAUCUGAAAUGUACAGUGUAAGAAAAUGUCAUCAGUGUCUCUCUACAAAUCUUAAUGUUGUAAGGUUUUGCCAGAUGGAUUUUCUUUUCUCAGCCAGAUCUUUACUUUAAAAUGCUCCACUUUUCUGGGAAGAGAAUAGCAAGGUACUUUAGCACAACCUCUAUCACAAUCUUGGCCAUUAGAGUCUAGCUGGGGCCUUACCCAGCAUGCAUAUCAAUCAGUUGUGUAUGCUUUUGGUUGAUUUGGGGAAUUGGGGUGAAUAGCAUACCUAAUCGUGUGAUCCCAAGCUGCAUGUGACUGCAGAAAUAACUGAGGCACACAGUUGUGGUCAUCUUUCUGGAAAGAUCAGAUGCAGAUUCUCCAAACUGUUCUUUCCUACUAUCCAAGCUAUUGUAAUUAGCUGCAUAAGAAAAGCUGUUUGUAGGGUCAAUGGUUGCCAGUUGCACUUGGAUAUAAACUCAUGUAUUUUCUUGAAUAUUGCUGCCUGGUGCCUUCUUGGUUAAUUAUUUGGUGAGAGCCAGCAUUCUGGAAAGGCUAAGUAAAAAAGUAAGAGCAGAUUACAAUUAGGUAGGUUGCAGUUGUCUUCUAUCUGUGCUCGUCGUCUUAUCAAAUGAAGUUGUUCUAAGAAGCUGGAUGAUUUCUGUGAUUUCAGGAGUUGUAAAAAGCAGUUUAUACAAUGGACUUUUAUCAUAGUUGAAUUUGCUACUCACUAACUUACAUUGGACAAAUCAAGUCCAGUGUAGGAAAGGACUGGAGGUUUUUUGCUUUGGUUUGACUUGCUUCAGGAGAAUUACAAAUGUGAUCAGCUUGAUACUGUUCAGACAGCAGAGAACA